UGAAAAUCAGCCAUAAGCUUGUCUGUUGGGCACGUAUAUAAAGGCCGCCACGACUCCAGAUGCGAUCUGCGCCAGACCAACGCAUCCAGAACUUUGAUUUUUAAUCACCACUGCUACUUUUGAACAGAAUGGGCUCCUCUAAGCUGGCUCUGCUGCUGGUCUUUGUGUCCUGUGUGGAACGCUGUCUGUCUGCUUCCUGCAUCGUAGACAGUUUCUCAGUCAAAGAAGACUUUGACCCCAAGAGAUAUUCCGGGAAGUGGUAUGCACUGCAGAAGAAAGACCCAGAAGGGCUGUUCCUGCAGGACAACAUCUCAGCCGAGUACACCAUUGACGACGAUGGCUCCAUGACUGCCUCCUCCAGGGGACGGGUCACUCUGUUUGGCUUCUGGGUUGUCUGCGCUGACAUGGCUGCUCAGUACUCUGUGCCCGACCCCACCACCCCCGGAAAGAUGUUCAUGAACUACCAGGGCCUGGCGAGCUACCUCUCGAGUGGAGGUGACAACUACUGGGUGAUCGACACCGACUACGACAACUAUGCCAUCACCUACGCCUGCCGCUCCCUAAAAGACGACGGCUCCUGCGAGGACGGCUACGCCCUCGUGUUUUCCAGGAACCCCCGCGGCCUGCCCCCGGCAAUUCAGCGCGUAGUCCGUCAGAAGCAGGAGGAAAUCUGCAUGGCCGGACAGUUUCAGCCGGUCCUGCAGUCCGGGGCCUGCUAAACAGAUUGAAAGAGAGGGGGAAAGGGGAGCAGGAGCAUGUGCCAGUCAGAUGCGGUCUUUGCGGUUCGAGGGCAAGCAGACGGAAAAAUUUGAGUGUGCCUGUGUGGUGAAAGAUUGUCCUGUGAGGGCGAUGGAGUUGGAAAAUGCAGAGAUUGACAGGAAAAGAGGAUUUCUUUCUUCCUUUUAGACGUUUUCCUUCAACCUCCUUCACAUAUCCAUAUUGUCAGAGAGAGGAAAAUGUUACUUUGCAUUAAAGUUUUUGAUUGAAUGUGACCAAAAAAAAAUAAACAUUUUCUACACAAAUAG